AUGCCAGACAGAUCUCGAAGGCCGGCAGGCUCACACCCCGCCGUCGAUGCCUCCGACCUCGCUCGCCAGUUCGAGCAGUUGCUGCGGACGAGACGGUUGAACACUCUCCAGGAACGCUCCAGAUCACGCACCUCUUCGCCCAUGCCUUCGUCGUCCACAUCAACGCCAGCAUCACCACACUAUCCUCACCACCAUAACAGCUACCAGCAGCACCAUCAGGGCCGACCGUCGUCCUCACAGCCGCCGUCGUACUCUUCCGUUCGAAGUUUCCCCAUCUUUCCGUCACCACCACAGGAUUCCGCCUCCCUCAAGUUUCGCAAUCUACUCCACGUCCUCUCUGUAACGCCGAUGAAGUACGAGAACCCGGGCCUGCUCGACGAAGCGCUCUCCCACGUUCCCCUCGACCGCCUCUACGCGGAGGCAGAGGAGGAGUGUCAGAUUCUGCAGGCAGAGGCCGCGAGCAUGGGUGACAACGUGAAACCAACCUGGGGCUACCAGGACUGCGUCAUCAAGGCUCUCCUCAGAUGGUUCAAACGCUCGUUCUUCCAAUUCAUCAAUAAUCCGCCUUGCUCGAGAUGCUUCCGCCCAACCCUUCUCCAGGGCAUGACGCCUCCAACUCCUGACGAAACCGCCCGCGGAGCCACAAGAGUCGAACUCUACAUCUGCUCAGAGCCCUCUUGCGCCAGCCAUGAGCGAUUCCCCCGAUACUCUGACGUAUGGACUCUGCUGCAGUCCAGACGCGGUAGGGUAGGCGAAUGGGCCAAUUGCUUCAGCAUGCUGUGCAGAGCAGUCGGUGGCCGCGUACGUUGGGUCUGGAACUCUGAAGACCAUGUAUGGACCGAAGUCUACUCUGAGCAUCAGAAACGAUGGAUUCACGUUGACGCCUGCGAAGAGGCUUGGGAUAACCCCCGUCUCUACACAGAGGGCUGGGGCCGGAAGAUGGCCUACUGUAUCGCCUUCUCCAUCGAUGGAGCCACAGAUGUAACCCGCCGCUACGUUAGAAAUCCUUCCAAACACGGUCUCGACCGUUCUCGUGCACCCGACGAGGUAUUACUCUGGGUCAUCCACGAAAUCAGACGCAUGCGUCGAGAAAACCUUUCCAAGGAAGAACGAAGCCGGCUAGUCAAAGAGGACGAGCGUGAAGAGCGUGAGCUUCGCGGCUUCGUGGCCCAGAGCAUAGCAACUGAACUAAGUCGACUGAAUCCCAACGGUACUUCGGUGCCGGUCGCCGGUGACGAAGUCAAGGUCCCUGUUUCUGCCGCUGCAACAACAACGGGCCAGAGCGGUGUUGAACGGACGGGCCAGCCAAAUCCAGAUCAGUCAAGGAGGCAUCGAUGA